AUGAGUAAGGUAGGAGACUCGAGCAAAAAGUUCCAUGUGAACUCAAGUGGCUUGCUGGGGGCAGAGUCGCUGGAAAAUUUGACUAGCUCGCUGGAAAAGUCUUUUUCGGCCUCACCACGUACUUCCCCAUCAAGACCACGUAAAACUCGCAAAGAAACACAAAUAUCACCCUCUUUAGGGACACAUCCUCAAUCUCAGAGCCCAACGGUGUUCAGUCCUGCUGCAUACGAAAUCUCCAAGAAGUUUGGCAAGUUCACAGAGAAAUUUAGCUUUGGCUCGCCGCGGAGCGCGGUUAGUAACUCGGGCAACUCACUUCCGUCUCAGAAAAAUCAAUCCAGGCCUUUGCAGAGCACCAAAAUCACCUCUCCUAGAUUCCAAGAACCAUACAAGUCGCCCAAUAUAUGGGGUACACCAACCUCGUCGCAACAAAGCUCACCUGAAUCAAAACGCAAGAAUUCGAUACCAGACUCAUGUAUAUUCUGUGAUCUUCCUCUGCAGUCCAUGCUGCUGUACAAGUCUGAGAAAAUGGACCCUGAAGGUAUAAUAGAGCUUAGGUGUCAACAUAGCUGCCAUGAGAAAUGUCUCCUGUUGGAGAUGGAAUUUGUCAAUAUUUCAAAAAUACAGUCGGCGGCUUCAGUGGCGCCUGUAUAUUUCCCUCAUUGUCCCAAGUGUCAUCAAAAUGUGCGAGCAGUUCCUGCAUCCCAGGUAGUUGCCGACCAAAUGAUCACUAACACCUUGACAGUGCCUGUCAGAAAACCGGAGCCUGCACAUAGUUUUCAUUAUCGCCAGCCAAAUUCUCAACCGGGCUCCAAUGGAUCCUCUCCACUGAUAGCACAGCGCAACAGAGCAGAUCAACGGGUGCAUCAAAGACACGCCAAAAAGCCUUCGCGUGGGUCAUCAAUUUCUGCUGUAUCUUCCAUUAUAUCAUCGGUAUCGGUCCAAGCAGUUCCGGAAUCAGGCAGUACUACAACUUUGCCUUUGGAUUCCUCAAGGAUGAAGAGUUCAUGGACGAGCGAUUUUCCAAUUUAUCUUCUGCGGUCGAAAUUUAUUGGGGAGCUGAUUAUGCUACAGUCCCAAAAAUUUGAUACGGUUAGGCUUAAUAAAUUGGCCGUUGAUUCAUUCGGUGAUUUGCGCCUCGUUGACAAGUUGGAGAUAAGCGAGGACCUUGUGCUGUGGGAUGAGUGCUACUGCUACUUGUUUGAGCGCAUGCUCGUGCUUGUGGAUUUGUGCGCUAGCACGAUCAAAACGUAUUCUGUCGACCACUCCCUGAAAUCUCAAAUUCCCUCACCAACAGUGGUGAAAGUUCAGUUCGGCUCCCAACUAUUAUAUUUGAGCUGUUCGGAGGAGGAGGUUCUGGAAAAAUGGGGGGUGGCGUUGGCCAACCUCAACACGGAGUUUCCGAGCGGUUUGAUUACCACAACAGUGAAAGAGGACGAAUUUUACGAAAUACUCAAAUUUAACGAAACCGAGACACCCCAACAACUUCCGCCAGGCGUGGAUCCAAAAUUCUACGAAGCUACCAUUAAUUCGCUGGUGUUUAGUCGUAAGCCGGCCGCAAUGAUUAUCGUUAUCAACCAACUCACUCCCUCGCACCAUUCAUUGGUAUCCAUAAAAAACAUCGUGCGCAGUUUAUUAAUGGUUAAGAUUCAGAUAUACAUGAUAUUUACUUCUUCUUUGCAGUUGCGUCCCGAGUCUCAGGUGUUGAGUACGCUGAGUUUUGACAGCGGGGCGGACGAUGAUGAGAAGGAGGAUCUUUUCAGUAAGAUUGACGAGUACCAGAAGCUGCUAAGCGAUGUGACUCCAACUGCCGACGAGAACAAGGUCCACUGGGGGACGGACGACACUCUCUCCGCAACUUUACAGAGCUUUCGAGACAAAAGCCCUCAUUCUGAACUUGACGAGCUCGCUACCGUGGUGUUGUCGGUUACUCCGCUGAGCGAACUGAACCGGCUUCCUACGUCGAAAAACAUUUUUGUUGAAAUAAGCACGCCCCCAAAUCUGAAUGCAUCGCUUAGAAGAUCGAGUGUUUUCAACGUUACUGGUUGGGAGGAUGCUAUGGAAGCUAUAUGCAGCUACACUGGACUAGAAUUUGAUGACAGUGACUUCGAAGAAACCUCUGACGAAAGUGACGAUGACGAGCGCCCGCAGCCGACAGGCAUCGACUCUGACUUGCCCUCUAGUCAGUGGAACCCUGAUUUCUCAUGUGAUGGUUGUAUCCUAAUCACUACUCCUUCUUCAUUGCAAGGAACUAUUAACACUGAUACUUCUGAGCCAACCUCUACCACCUCCUCUUCUUCCACAUCGUCCUCGCUGGAGCAACCCACCUCCUCUUCCUCUUCCUCCCCGACUACCUCUUCUUCCACAACCCAGGAGACAACAACCACUGUUGAAGCCACGGCUACAACCUCUUCUAGCUCCUCGUCAUCAACUGUUACUUCUACUGCUGCACUUACUACACCAUACACGACCACUACAGCCACGAGUUCCCUGCAAACAACACCUGCCACCACAGAGCUCACCGAAGGUCCCUCUUCGACUACUCCAACAAAUACAAAUGAGGUAGUCACAACAGUUAUCGGCAAGUUGUCAACUAAUACGUAUGUUAUAUCUACCAGCUCUGCCAUUGUGUUGCUUGUGACCCAUACAGAAACACUUACGUAUGUGAACUCGCAGGUUUCCACUUCAACGCAAACUAUUCCUGAAUCAUCUUUGAUUGUUGAGGCAACAGCAACAUCAAUCUACACAGAUCCUGUGUCCACAACAAGUUUUCUCGGGUACUUCAAUCAUUCCACCAAUAGUAUUGAGUAUGAGACCGUCACUUCCAUCUUUUAUGGUUCUUCUUACUCUCUUUACACAGAUUAUAGAACACAUUACUUUACCAGCUACCUUACGACUACCACAGAAACGGUGGUGACAGACACCUACAUCGUUUGGGAUACCAGAGUUAUCGAAUCUUAUAGCUUGACCACUGGCUACCAAACGCUAGUUUCAACUCUAUAUCCAACCACAGUGGUUUCCACCAUUGCGUCUUCUACUACAUCCACUGCUCAGACUCCUGCUCAGACUCCUGCUCAGACUACUUCUGCAACCGUCCUGCCUACCGUUACUGAGUCUUCUUACUUUACCGUCACCUCAGUGGUCAGUCCUACCGAAAGUUCGUGUCUUGUUUGGGCUAACAGUGCGACUUCAUGGACUGUGGGUUCUGCUGGUAUUGAAAUCCAGAGCUCGGCCACAGUCCAGGCUGUGGCCAAUGAGGGAAGGAAAAGUAAAGAUAUAACAGGGGUGGCUCUUUGGUUCACUUUGACUGCUUGGUUUGCAAUAACUUUAUUCAUCUAA